GUCUCUCUUUUUUUUUUUCCCUUUUAUCUUUUGCUGUCUCUUAACUGGAUGGGGCUGAUGGGACCCACAAAUCACUUCAGGAGCUGGAUGAGCUUGCUGAUGAUCGUAUGGCACUAGUAUCGGGAAUAAGUUUAGAUCCUGAAGCAGCAAUUGGAGUAACAAAACGCUUACCUCCCAAAUGGGUUGAUGGAGCAGAUGAAAUUCAGUAUGAUAUUGCCAGAGUUAAACAGAAGAUGAAAGAAUUAGCCAGUCUUCAUGAUAAACACCUAAACAGACCAACACUGGAUGACAGCAGUGAAGAAGAACGGGCAAUAGAAAUAACAACUCAAGAGAUCACACAGUUAUUUCACAGAUGUCAGAGAGCAGUCCAGGUCUUGCAGAGCAGGUCACGUAGUUGUACAGAACAAGAAGCACGUGUUCUCAGGAAUGUAGUGUCUUCCUUAGCACAGUCCCUUCAGGACCUAUCCACCAACUUUAGGCACGCACAGUCUGACUAUCUCAAACGCAUGAAGAAUAGAGAAGAAAGAUCCAAACACUUCUUCGACACCUCAGUCCCACUGAUGGAUGAUGGGGAAGAUGAUACACUUUACGAUAGAGGUUUUACGGAUGACCAGCUAGCAUUGGUGGAGCAAAACACAUUAAUGGUGGAAGAGCGGGAACGAGAAAUCCGUCAGAUUGUACAGUCAAUCUCCGAUCUCAAUGAAAUAUUUAGGGACCUGGGAGCCAUGAUAGUAGAACAGGGAACAGUUCUAGAUAGAAUUGAUUACAACGUUGAACAGUCAUGUAUGAAAACUGAAGAGGGACUAAAACAACUACAUAAGGCAGAGCAAUAUCAAAAGAAGAAUCGGAAGAUGCUUGUUAUUUUAAUUUUGUUUGUUAUAGUAAUUGUCCUUAUUGUUGUUCUUAUUGGUGUAAAGUCACACUAGGUUUCACUUCGUUUUCUUAUUUUUGAAGUUUAUGUGAACUUUUUCCCCAAUGUGAAUGGAUGGACCUGCACUCCAGAAAGCUGCCUCUGAAUGUAUAAGCCCUUGUGAUGCAAAGUCUGUGCAAUGUUUCUGUAGAAUUCCUCAAAGUACAAGUUUGGUGAUCUGUGAGGUGUUUGUAAGGAUUAUAUGGAAAUUGUCAGGAAAUUUGAUGCUCCCACACAAAUAAUUUGGUGCUCUGUGUAGAGGUAUUUGGAAACACAGUACUUAAUUACAAAAUUGAAGUUUACCAGUGAGUACAGUAAUUAGUGUUUUACUGUGAGAAAAAAUGUGUUGUCUUCUGUAUUCUUAUGUCACAGUUGUUACAGGCUUCAAAUUUAAGCCGUGUUACUGAAUCAUAAGACUAGAUAAGAAAAAUUAUCUAGAUGUAAAAUAUGUUGUGGCACAAAAAAAUUUAACUUUAUCCCCUUUCUUCCAGACUCAAACUCCAAAGAACUGGAUAAACAGCUAAAAAAGAAAGCUUUUAGCAACCAGAAUGUAAUCUAGCCCCUGUGAUCUUAAUUUAGAUACUGCAACAUUACUAAGAAUCAGAGUUGUACUUGAUCUUGUAAAUAACAAGAUUUAAUCACUGGCAUAAUUUAACGCCUUUAUUUAAUUAAAAAUUUUUCUGAGGUUGAGUAAUCAUGGGAAUGUUUUUCCUCACCAGAAUUAUUGUAUGUAUUUUUUCAUGUACAAUUUCUUUAAAGUACGGACAUUACAUGAAAGCAGUGAAGUUAAACCUGAAAAACAGAGAUUCUCCAUUUGGCUUUCUACUCCAUCUGACCCGCUGCAGUGGGUCUCAGAUGUUUCAUGCUUCAGUUGUUGUAGAAGAUGUUUAUUUUACAGUGCAUCUGUCUAUAUGUAAUGUUUUUUUGUAUAAGUGACUUCACUACAGUAUAUAUUACAUCCAUUUUCCCUGACAGAAGAUUAUUUCUUUCCAAUGCCUGCCUGGAAGAAGAUGUGUUUAUGGUCUUUUACUGACCACGAGAGAUGUCAUGCAAGUGGCAUGUUACUAAGCCUUCAGUAGAGAAUUGGGGUUUUUUUCACUAAUUUUUUCAGUGGAGAACUUUGCUGUAGGCCAUAAAAGAGAAAUUAGGGCAACAGUUAAGUAAUAGAAUAUUCAUAAUUUAAUUCAGGCCUGAAGUGGUGUGCAGUUGUAGAGGCCUUGCCUUAAUAUUUUUAAUACAGCUUUUCUGUAUGUUUUUUUUCCCCAUAGGGACUGUAACUUCCUUCAUUUUUUGACUGAUACAGUGCUUCUCAUAAACAAGCAGAGAUGUUCUGCUCAGAGCCCCAGGAAGUGCAGUUUCACAAUACUAUGAUAGUAAUGUUGCAUAUGUUGCCUGCCCUGAGUUUAUCUUUACUAUGUGCUGAGAAGGACUUAAGUGUGGCUUUAAACUGACUUGAUGCAGGAAUGGACCUGAAAGCAAAGACUACAAAGAUGUGAAAGCCUUGAAUUUUUUGCGUGGCUUAUUGUGAAAAGCUUUGUACCACUCUUGUUACCUCUAGACAAAGGGGAUGUUGAACUUCCAAAACUGUUCAAACCCUUGAUUAAAUUCAUAAAGUGAAUUGGUAAAAAAAAAAAAAAAAAAAAGAAUGAUGUCUGUAGUUGGGUGUGCAGCUGCCCUGUUCUGGUAAUAGACCUUCUCAAUGAUCGUGAGUGAAACUACUGUCUCCCUACUGUGCUGUCUACAUCGGCUGGUGUGAAGCAGCAUAUUGCUAUAAUUUAAUAUACUGUAUUUGCAACUUUCUCUCUAACAUGAGAUUGUGUUAUUUAUUUCUGUCUUGACUGGUGCUUUUGACAUUUUAUCAUGGCUAAUGAAUUCAAAGAAGUAAUAAAACACUUCCAACGUAA